AUGGCGCUUUUCCGUACAACCCUCCCUUCCCGUCACGCCUUCCCGGCAGCAUCGCCGCACGCCAUUGGCUCAUCGCCUCCACCUCCGCGCACCCGCGGCGCCGAUUGGCCGCUGCGCCCGCCCGUCUCGCCGUCGCCAAGCGACGCCGCCAUGGCGGCGGCCACGGAGCAGGCCGCGGCCGCGGAGGAGCCGGACGCCGGAGCGGCCGCGGCGCUCUCGGAGCUCACGGCGCUGCUCCGCCCGUCCUCCCCCGCCGCUGCCGAAGCGGCCGAGGCCGCCCUGGCGCUGUCGGGCAGCGCCUCGGGCCGGGCGCUGCUGGCGGAACACCCCGCGGCCUUGGCGGCCUUGUCCGCCCUGGCCGCCUCGGCCUCGCGUGGGUCGCGCCCGGCCUUGGCCGCGCUGGUGAACGCGUCCUCGGAGCCGGCCGCGCUGGAGCCGCUCCUGGCCGCGGUCCCUUCGCUCGUUGCGCUGCUGCCCAGCUGCGGAGCGGCGUGCGGGGUGCUGGCCAACCUGAGCCGCGCCGCCGCCGCCGCUCCGCGGGUGCUGCGGGCGCUGGGCCCCGCGCCCGAGGCGCCGCUGCUGCGGGCGCUGAGCGCGGCGCGGCCGCCGGCGGAGCUCGGGGCGCUGCUCUGCAACCUCAGCCAGGCCCCCGAGGGCCGCCAAGCGCUGCUGGAGCCCACGGGGCGCAUCGUGCGGCGGCUGCUGGCCCUGCUGCGCUGCCCCGACACCGGGCUGAGGAGAGGAGCGCUGGGCGCACUCAGGAACUGCUGCUUCCAGCACGAGCACCACGAGCGCCUGCUGGGCCCCGAGCUGGACGCGCUGCCCUCGCUGCUGCUGCCGCUGGCCGGCCCCGAGGAGCUCCCCGAGGAGGAGAUGGAGCAGCUUCCCCUGGAUCUGCAGUACCUGCCCCCCGAGCACCGGCGCGAAGAGGAGCCGGAGAUCCGCAAGAUGCUGCUGGAAACCCUGAUGCUGCUGGCGGCCACCAAGGCGGGCCGGGCGCACCUGAGGUCCCAUGGGUGCUACCUGGUGCUGCGGGGGCUGCACGCCUGGGAGACGCGCCCCGAGGUGCUCAGCGCCUGCCACAAGCUCAUCCAGGUGCUGAUCGGGGACGAGCCGCGGGCGGGGCUGGAGAACCUGCUGGAGGUGGCGGUGCCCGAGGAGCUGGAGCAGCGCCUGCGCCGCCUCGACCAGGAGGAGGAGGAGCAGUGGAGGAAGGAGCAGGAGCAGCAGGGGACGGCCGGGUGACACCGCAAUGUCACCAGGAGGGACACGGCGGCGUCCUCAAGGAGCCACCACAAGGACAGCGUGUCCCCAAGGGUCACCGUGGUGACAGUGAAACCUCCGGCUCCUCUGGAGCAGCGCCUGCGCCGCCUGGACCGCGACGAGGAGGAGCUCUGGAGCCAGGGGACGGCCGGGUGA